CGGGAGCCCCAGCUUCAUCUUGCUGCUCAUGGACGAUGUGAGGAAGGAGGGCGGAAGGGCUUGCUGGGGACGAUGGGGGCUGUAGUCCAAAAAAGGAACCAGUUUCCCCACAUUUCCGGGUCUCGCCUUCUCUCUUUUCAUGGGUUGGGGUGACUUAGGUGUGUUUGGUCACCCUUCCAAAGAAACUCCAAAUUUAGACCAGAUGGCAGCAGAAGGGAUGCUCUUCCCGAGCUUCUACACUGCCAACCCACUCUGUUCUCCAUCCAGAGCAGCCCUUCUAACGGGUCGUCUCCCCAUCAGGAACGGCUUCUACACCACAAAUGCCCAUGCCAGAAAUGCCUAUACCCCCCAGGAUAUAACGGGGGGCAUCCCAGAUUCUGAACUGCUCCUUCCGGAACUGCUGAAGAAAGCAGGCUAUGUCAAUAAGAUAGUUGGCAAAUGGCACCUUGGCCAUCAGCCCCAGUUCCAUCCCUUGAGGCACGGAUUUGACGAAUGGUUUGGGUCCCCCAACUGCCACUUCGGACCUUACGAUAACAGAACUGCUCCAAACAUCCCAGUUUAUCGGGAUUGGGACAUGAUUGGCAGGUAUUACGAAGACAUAAAAAUUGAUCACAGAACGGGAGAAGCCAACUUAACUCAGAUGUACUUACAGGAAGCCCUUGAUUUCAUUAGCACACAGCAAGCCAAGCAGCAGCCGUUCUUUCUUUACUGGGCAAUCGAUGCCACUCAUGCACCCGUGUAUGCCUCCAGGGAAUUCUUGGGCACUAGCCAACGCGGGCGGUAUGGCGAUGCAGUGCGAGAAAUUGACAACAGCGUUGGAAAGAUCUUGAGUCACCUUCAAAAGCUGGGUAUGAGCGAGAACACCUUUGUGUUUUUCACAUCUGACAACGGUGCUGCUCUCGUGUCAGCUCCUGAACAAGCCGGUAGCAAUGGCCCUUUCCUCUGUGGCAAGCAAACUACCUUUGAAGGUGGCAUGAGAGAGCCAGCAAUUGCCUGGUGGCCAGGACAUAUACCUGCUGGACAGGUGAGUCAUCAACUGGCAAGUGUGAUGGAUCUCUUCACUACCAGCCUCGCACUGGCAGGGCUGCCGCCUCCCAGUGAUAGACAGAUCGACGGCAUCGACCUUUCGCCUGUCAUCCUGCAAGGCAAGUUAAUUGACAGGCCAAUAUUUUAUUACCGUGGCAACGAGAUGAUGGCAGUACGAAUUGGGCUUUAUAAAGCCCAUUACUGGACCUGGAGCAAUUCCUGGGAGCAAUUCAGCCAGGGCAUAGAUUUCUGUCCAGGGCAGAACAUUUCUGGAGUAACAACCCAUGAUCAAGAGGAGCACUCCAAACUUCCCUUGCUGUUCCACCUGGGAAAGGACCCUGGAGAAAAAUUUCCAAUCAGCUUUUCAAGCGCGGAGUACCAAGCUGUGAUGAGAAGAAUCUUCCCAGUUGUGGAGCAGCACAAAGAGACAAUGCUACCUGGACAGCCUCAGCUAAACGUCUGCGACAAGGCGGUCAUGAAUUGGGCUCCUCCAGGCUGUGAGAAAAUUGGGAAGUGUUUGGACCCUCCGAGCUCUGAUCCCAAGAAGUGCUUUUGGCCUCACUGAGCAUCUCCUGAUCUUCACACACCUGACCUGCUGUAAAGCUGCUGCUGCUGCCGCCUGUCAACGGGAGAUUUGGCUGCAGCCACUGCUUCCGCAUCUGAUGAUCAUAUUUUGUCAGGAAGAAGAGGGCCCAGAAGGACUUCUCUUCUCUACAGGGCUUUCCCUCCUCUUUUCCUCGGGGUUAUAGCAAUAAUCUUUUGCAAACGCAACCCUCUCCAGAGAGGUGGAAUCAAGACGUAGUGAUCUAAGUCUAGAUCAAAUAUCAGAGCUGAAGAAGAGACUGCCUUACUUUUCACCCACCGUAAGUUUGUUGAGAAACGAAUUCUCACACAUUCAUGGCUGUUACUUCUCCCUUCCUAAAUGGCCCCAAAUGGGUUGAGCUGAGAAUCAAAAGGAGGUAGGCUCAGGAUCUGGUGACACACUUUUUUGUGUCACCUACAAACAUUAAGGGUUGAUGUAUUAGUAUUAAGCAGUUCCAGCAGAUGUCCAUUCUUGCUUAAAUUUGGUAAAGGGGACACUUCAGAAGAGCCAGCGUUUUGUAGCAAUUUAAGUGUUGGUCUACAACUCUGGAGACCAGAGUCAAGAUCGUCACUUAGCCAUAGAAACCCACUGAAUAACCUCUCUCAGAUCAUCCAAGGAUGCAACACUCUCUCAGUCUCAGAGGAAGGCAAUGGCAACCCUCCACUGAACAAAUCUUGCCAAGAAAACCCCAUUAUAGGGUUGCUUUAGGGUCACUGUAAGCCAGAAAUGACUUGAAAGCACACAACAACAGCAACAGAAAUGAGAAAAACCACAGCAAAGCUGCUUUUGGGGAGCCUGGGUCAUUUUCUCCCAGGGAUUUGGGGUGACAAGCUGAUUUGCAACAUGGCUGAGGACCAAGAUUCAAUUCUGCUAAUGUUCAAUUCUGGCCUCUGUCAAAAGCAUUGAGGAGCACUGAGGAAGAUGGAGAGAGAACACAAAGCCAAGCUUGGCAGAGGUCCUCUGGAUGUGUUGGUUGGGGGAUUCUGGGAGUUGCAGUCCAAAAAACCACUCUUCCAAGCUCUGCAAAUGAGAGCCUCCAUCGUUGUAACAUUCCUUUCAUGAUUAUGAUCCCAAAUGGUUUCAACUGUACAUUUCUAUGAAGUGCCAAAGCUUAUGAAGGAGCAACUGCUUUUUGUGGUAACUGGAAGAGUGUCUCUGUGUGUCUCUGUCUAAAAUUACGGCAUAUUUCUCUAACUUAUGGUAAGAUGCUGCUGUUGGGUUUGUAAUGUGAUUGUAUUGCAGAGUUGUAAGAAAUGAAGGCCAAUGUAAUACCUGA